GCAGCCGAGCGUGAUCUCGGAGGCCUGUUGUGUCUGACGAGAGACGCUGCGUGGGGGUUCUCGCUUGAUGUCAUUGGGAAAGACACGAGAGCUGCGUUUACACCGUUAUCUCAUGCUUCGACGGCGUCUUCCUGCCUUUUCUUCCUUUAUAAACUCACAUAAGGCUCUUGUUCCUCCCCAGGCUGGAUUUUGACGUGUUUGGGGGAUGAAGGAGAUGAUGCGGCGGUGCUGCGCUCGUACAGAUGCGCGUGCAUCUGAGGAGAAAGAUGGACCAUAACACCGUCGACGAAAACGGCCCGAAACCGCUGUAACUUGCUGUCUUUCCGCCAUUUCCGUUCAAACCUCGCCGUCUAGAGCUUGUUUAACAUGGAUAUGUGGACGUCGAGCGGCACUAGGCCCUCCGGACGGCAAACAAACCGUGAGGAUCUGUAGCCCGUUAGGGUCCUCACAAGAACACUGCAGUUACCAUAUGAUGAUGAUGAUGGAGAAACAGCCCUGAACUGUUAUUAGGAGGAAGAUCAGGGACUAAACCUGGUCUUAAUUGUGCUCUUCAAGGCUGCUGGGCUUCUAGCAUAUCAUAUACUAUAUCAUGCAGUCAGGCUUGAUCCCUGAACAUCCUGUUUACUGACUGCUGUGUGACAUCUAUAGAGAGAGAUUUUCUCAGUUCUUCAGUCACACGUAACCAGAUAACCUGAGAUGGAUAAACUCACCAUUAUUUCAGGAUGUCUCUUUCUGGCUGCGGAUAUAUUUGCUAUAGCGAGCAUUGCCAAUCCAGACUGGAUCAAUACUGGCGAGUCAGCAGGAGCUCUUACGGUGGGGCUGGUGCGUCAGUGUCAGACCAUUCAUGGACGAGACCGAACCUGCAUCCCCCCGCGACUCCCCCCAGAGUGGGUCACCACACUCUUCUUCAUCAUCAUGGGCAUCAUCUCCCUCACAGUCACUUGCGGCCUGUUGGUGGCCUCUCACUGGCGCCGAGAAGCCACAAAGUAUGCAAGAUGGAUCGCCUUCACUGGAAUGAUCUUGUUUUGUAUGGCCGCCCUCAUCUUCCCAAUAGGAUUUUACAUCAAUGAAGUAGGAGGACAACCCUACAAACUCCCAAACAACACAGUGGUGGGCUCCUCGUACGUACUGUUCGUGCUCUCCAUUUUCUUCACAAUAGUGGGGCUCCUGUUUGCGGGGAAAGUCUGCCUUCCUGGCUGAGCGGACAUUCCCAGCAGGGACAGCUGGGGUGUUCAAAGUGAAAACGCAACAAAACUGCUCUCGAAGAGGAGGGGCAUCUUCCGGGGAUGGUAUAAUAUAUGGAAAUAACUAAUUAAACGCAAAACAAGCAAGAAAAUUAAUGCACACACUGCAUAUUAGUGCUCCCCUUCGCCCGACCUGUGCUUCUUUAAACCCUGUCUUUGUUGCACGUCUGUCGGAUUUGACCGUUGAAGUAUGCAGGGCCCAUCCAAAACAGAAAGAGCGCAUCGGUGGUCACCACAGCAACCGUUUCCACCACAAUUUUGUUUUUGUUGUUGUUCAAGGAAUAUUCUUCCAUUAUCUUUUGUUUAUUCAAGUUUUGCAGAGUUUCAUUCAUGUAUGUCGCCCCCUGCCUCUGUGGAGAGGAACUACAAGAAAGUGUUGAAGAAGAAGUGCAGCUCUCAGCGGCCCAAAUGCUGGCCAGGACAUUGCACUGUUACAAAAGAGGGAAAGGAAAAAGGGAACAGUAUUGAAAAACACUUUUUGGUCGAACACUACAUGAGGCGAACGCACCAGGACUGCCGGUCAGGACCCUGUAAGGCUGAGCCUCACUGUUUCACCUGUUACACACUCUGAUAUUGAUGGACGUGGCUCUGAAUUGGACUUCCAUACCAAAAGAAACUCCUGUCUGCUCUCGCUUGAGCAUCGGGGGGCGUUCAAUUCGUUUGUGGUUUGACUUUAUACCAAUCAUCUUUUCUUGUCUUGAUCGCUAGAAUUUCAAAACCCUUUACUUGUUUGGUUUGAUUUGCUACUGUGACAUUAACCUGUUUUCGUUGUUGUAUGAAAGCUAAGGGCAUGAGUUCUGUUUUAGGGAGCACUGUGCGGUAGAUGAAGCAUUACAGAUGUACAAAAAGAGAACCCCUUACCUCAUUAUUUUACAUUCAAGACUUUUUUCCCUUACCAUGAAAAAAGUGUGCCCUGUAAGUUAUAUUAUGCCUUUAUCACAGACAUUUGAUUAAAAUGCUGCGAUCAUGGCACAUUAUUUAUCUGACACUGAAUAAAAGGAGAUCAGGAAUGAUUGUGUUACAUCAACCUUCUCUUUAUUCUUUUUCUCAAGCAAUCCCCAUUAUGGACAACAAAAAUUUACUGUGUUAAGAAUGUGUCUUUGCAAUGGAAAAAAAAUCUGAAUUAUUUAUGUUGGAUGUAUAAUAUGAAGGUUACAUUUCCCCACAAGUUGUUGUUUAUUUUAUAAAAUAUCCUAUUUGUGUUUUUGAUUUGAAUGUGCUUUGAUUUUUGUUUCAUAAAAAAAUCAAUUUAAAGGGAUAGUUCACCCAAAUAUUAAAAUGUUGUCAUAAUUUACCCUCAUGGUGUUUCAAACCCAUUUGACUGUUACACAUAAGUCAUUAACCUUAAUUGAAUUUGAGAGUUUUUACAAGCAAUUUACUUUCAUUCAAAUUAAGUCAGUUUCAUUUAGCCACCAAAAUUUUGUUGGAUUAUGUCAAAUCAAUGUACUGUAGUAGAUUUAACUCAACUUUAGGUUCGUAAAACUAAAUGUAUUAAUGUUUAUUUUAAUUAAUUUCCUUAUGAUGGUCCAACUUUAUUUUAUUGAUCAUUAGUAUAUGCCAGGUUAGCAAGUAAAGGACAGUGAAACUGUUGCACUGUCACUUUAAUAGCAGCUGCUUAUAAAGCUAAGCAGCAAUCGAAUCAAACAUCACUUGAAAUUGAACGUCCAUCCUCAACCUAACCACAGGUGCCAAUCUUCACAAUGGUAACCCCCAAAACUCCAGCCUAACAGACUCUCUGUUUAAAUACAAAUAUAACAGAACAUUAAACAUUAACAAUUCUCCUCCUAUUCUCAUCUUGCUCAAAAAUACACAAAAUAAAACUUAAUUUCAACAUUUGUUCACCCCAUCAGUCCUGUGCAAAGCAUGCUGGGAAAUUAAGUCUCCUGCCAGUUUCAUCGAUGCUACAAAAAGUGUUCAUGUAGUCCAAACUCAAAUGGAUUAAGUUAUCUUUAAUUUUACUAAUUUACAUUUUUUUUAUUAUUUAUUUAUUUUUUUUGGUGUACAGUGGCAAGAACCCUUUGAUAUUAGCUGGUUUUCUGCAUUUAUUGCUCAUAAAAAGUGAUCUCAUCUUCAUCAAAGUCACAAGUAUAGACAAACACAAUGUGCUUAAGCUAACAACACACAAACAAUUAUAAUCCUUCAUUUCUUUACUGAACACAUCCCAUUAAACAUUCACAGUGCUUUGGAAAAAGUAAGUGAAUCCCUAGGCUAAAGAUGACGACAAAAGCUAAUUUGAGUAAGGAGUUGGGAAACCUGGCAUCCAAUUAAUGAAACUAGAUUGGAGGUGUGGGUUAGAGCUACUUUGACUUAUAAAAAGCACUCAAACAUUUUGAGUUUGCUGUUCACAAGAAGCAUCUGCUGAUGUGGAACAUGCCUCGCCAAAAAGAAAUCUCAGAAGACCUACGAUCAAAAAUUGUUGCUCUGCAUAAGUUCUCUCAAAGAGCUUAUUCAUCUGUCCACAGUUAGACUAAUCAUCUUUAAAUGGAGAUGAUUAGUACUGUGGCUAGAAGUGGCCGUCAAGCCAAGAUGAGGUAAAAAUGAACCCUAGAUUGACAGCUAAAGACUUGAAGGAAUCAUUGGAACUGGUUAACAUCUCCGUUCAUGAGUCUACUAUACGGAAAACAUUAAACAGGCAUGGUGUCCUGCGGAAGCCGCUGCUUUCCAACAAAAACAUUGUUGCUGGCCUGACGUUUGCCAAAUACCACCAUGACAUUCCACAAUGCUACUAGGAAAAUGUUUUGUGGACUGAUGAAAAUAAGGUUGAAUUGUUUGGGAAGAACACGCAGCACUACGUAUUGCAUAAAUAGGGAAUUGCAUAUCAACAUGAAAACAUUGUCCCAACAGUGAUGUACGGUGGAGGAAACAUCGUGAUUUGGGGCUACUUUGCUGCUUCAGAUCCUGGACCGCUUACCAUCAUUGAGGGAAAAAUUAAUUCCCAAGUUUAUCAAGAUAUCCUACAGGAUAAUGUCAGGGUGGCUGUGUGCCAGCUGAAGCUGUACGCCAGUAGAACUUGGGUGAUGCAACAGGACAAUGACCCUAAACAUCAAAGUAAAUCCACAACAGAAUGGCUUCAGAUAAAGAAAAUCCACCUUUUGGUGUGACCCAGUCACAGCCCAGACUUAACCCAAUAGAGAUGCUGUGGAAUGACCUGAAGAGAGCAAUUCACACCAGACAUCCUAAGAAUAUGGCUGAGCUGAAGCAGUUCUGUAAGGAAGAAUGGUCCAAAAUUCCUUCUGAACGAUGUGUAGAUCUAAUCUGCAGCUACCGGAAAUACUUGGUUAUUGCUGCCAAAGGAGGAUUGACCAGUUAUUAAAUCCAAGGGUUCACUUACUUUUUCCACAGUACUGUGAAUGUUUAAUGGGAUGUCUCAAUAAAGACAUGAAAGAUUAUAACUGCUUGAGUGUUGUUAGCUUGAGCACAAUGUGUUUGUCUAUUCUUGUGACUUUGAUGAAGAGAUCACAUUUUAUGAGCAAUUAAUGCAGAAAACCAGCUAAUUCCAAAGGGUUCACAUACUUUUUCUCGCCACUUUACAUAAGGAGAGUUAAUGCAUCAUUUUCUUCAAUUAAAGUAGGGCGGGGUAAAAAAGGCGAUUUUCUGAUUAAUCGCGACCUUUAUUUUAACGAUCCCAAUAUAAAUUCUUUAAAUCCCAAGAUUAAACUUUUACUCUACGCGCAAACCUCUACAAUGUGAGUAAAGAACUCGCAAAUGUGACCACAUUUCGCACUAUUUAACUAAAAACGUCUGUGAUUACAGCCAUUGGCUGAUAAACAUAUAGGAGUAUAUAUAUAUAUAUAUAUAGUUACAUGUUUAUUGUUUUUAUGCACUAUAAUACAUGCUAUUUCAGACAUUUAUUGAUGUAAUACAUGGAAUUUGCAUUUUUAAAAAGCUAAAAUGUGACAAAAAUUAUGAAAAACGAAUAAUAAAAUAAAAUGUGUAAAAUGUAUAUUUUUGUAAUGAACCAAGUUAGAAGGUCCCCUGGAUAAUUAACAGCAUUAACUGAGAAUGUUUUUCAUAUGUAAGCAAAAUGGACAUUAUAACUGAAAUAUACCCAAACGAACCAGAAUCGGAAUCAAAUCUGUCGAAUCAGGAAAACUAUAUCAACAUUCAGCCCUAAAUUAAAGUGAAUGGCAACUUGAGGUCUGUCAUUCGGGUUUGGAACAACAUGAGGGUGAAUGGUGAAUAUUUUUGGGUGAACUGUCACUUUAAGAAAGGUCAUGCUCACAAUCGCCUUUACCGUCUUUACUAAAUUAAUUUCAUUAAUGCUUUGGAAGACGGCACUUUCCUUGGAAGAAUAUCAUGUUUGUUAUAGGGACGGCAAAAAAGAUACAAAUAUAUUUAUGCAAAUUUGAGAUGAUUCUCAUGAAUAUAUGGGGUAAAAGCAUACUAUUCUUUGUCCGAAGAAUUACAAAAGAUGUGUUUAGAAUAGAAACAAUUCAAAAAAGAGAAAUUUAACUAUCUCCCAUAUGCAUUUAGGCAACAAUUGUACAAUUGCUUUUGGCAAAACAUGCGUCACUCCUCCUCGCACUGGCACCUAAAUUAAUGAGAACUGUGCGAACGUUGGUUGUCCUGAGUGGAAGACGUCGCCUCCAUGCUAAACACUGCUCCUGCUUUGGAUAUGUCUUUUUGAAGCCCAUCAUAAACUGGAAAAAAGUGACAUUUGCUUAUUGGGCAAUGAAAAGCUAUUAUUUAUGAUUUCAAAAAGGGAAGGAUACAAAUGUAUGAGUGACAGUAUUAUCUAUCAAAGGAUGUCAGCAGUCCUUGUGCACAGUUACUGUUAACAGAUUCAUAUUUCUGACUGUUAACCGUUUUCUCUGCUUCUCUGUUUCGAUAUCUCACUGUAUACAAUAAAAGGCAUAUAAGAAGG